AUGCAGCAACGCAUAAAAUUUACUGGUCCUUUUAAAAACAAUGUUUCAUUCGACAAGGAGCAAAUACGUAGGAAAAUCAUUGUACCUACGUUUAAGCAGGCACGUCGAGUCGCCGAUAUUUAUAAUGCCCUCAUACAAGAAUUUCUCGAAGAAGGUUGUCCAACAUCUGCAAAAUAUUUUCAAAUUUUAAUCGAUAAAGAGCGUUCUCUAUAUGAUAAUGCCUCAAUACGAGAUCGCAUUUUGGACGAACCGCAAUUACUAUUAAGUCUAUUCGAUAGUUGUAAAAUGGCAGAAAAAUCAGCUCUUUUAGGGCAAUGCAAUGGUUCGGCAGUUAGUUCACGUUUAUUGCUGCAAUGUAUUUUGCUGUUUGAAAAUUACGAUAAGAAAUAUGAUUGGAUUUUAAUGGAUGUUUUUAGAAUUAUUAUCAAGAUAGCUGCAAAAGUGUGCGAGAGUGAUGGGUGCUCAAAGGAAUCCUUGAGUCAGAUAUAUUAUAAAUUUGGAAUGUAUUUAACAAAGUAUGAUUUGGAAGAAGCUGUUAAAUACCUUGAAAAAUCGUUUGAUUUGGCUAAAGGGACCAAUUGGAUCGACAAAGAUAAUUCAAAUAAUGGUAGAUCCCUACAUUGCUCGACUGUGAUAGCCAAAACUUAUGCAUCAGCACUACUCCAUCACUCUAAGAAUAUAUUUCGAACUGAACUACAAAAAGCCUUAAACCAAGGCCAAAAAGCGAUUGUUAUUUUAACGGGAGUGGGUAUUGAACAUAAUAAGAGCAUGUAUAUAAAAGCCUAUUUGGAUAUGGCGGAAUUUCAUAUAGAAGCAAUGAACUAUGACGCAAGUCUUUUAAUACUAGAAAAUAUAAUCAAAUAUAUUCGUUCUUAUUUGCCAGAUACUGCAAAGUAUCUAAAAUUCCUAUCACGUUACAAUCAUUUAAAGGGCGUAUGUUUGGCACGACUUCAAAAAUAUGAUGUGGCUCUGGUAGAACUGCAAGAGUCCCUUAAAAAUAUUCGCCAGUUAAACCUGAAACACGAAGAAGCUAUGGUAUUGUUGGAUAUGGCUAAGGUAUAUAUAGAUCGUGGUCGUUCUCAAUUUCGCAUGGCUGAAUCGUGUUUACGCCAGUCAAAGGAGAUUUUUGUUUCCCUAAAUGAUAUAUUUAAUACGAGGAAAUCUUCUUAUCUUAUGGCCAACGUUAAAAUGUACAAUAUCCAACCAAUGAUUUUUGAUUUAAUAAAACAUUUUCCUACAAGCUAUUGUCAUAAACACCGCUUAAGACGUUGGAAAGCCAUGUGUCUACCAUUUUGGCGUAAUUUGCGAUUUGCUUUGGAAGAUGAAGAACGUGAGCCAAUGCAAUGUCUUUUGAAAGCAACAGAAAUUCCAGCUAAAAAAAAACAACAGAAAAGUUUCCAACGCAAAGCUCCAAUGAGUUAGAGAUUAUCUAAAUAAUUAUUUUUAAAUGGCUAGUUAUAGAAUAUUUUACUAAACAUUUUGACAAUGGAAUUUUUUUUAUAAGAUUUUGAUCUGAAAUUUAUUGUUAUGUAACUACGA